AUGGAAACCAAACAAGCACCUGAAAGCCGUCCUCGUGGACGAGGAAGAGGCCGUGGGUUAAGGGGUAGAUCACAGAAUCAGUGUGAUAGCCCCAGGAACAGUCCCACCGCUUCUCGUAGACCUGCUCAAGCCUUGUACAGUCCAGGAGCUUUCAGUAAACACAGAAAUAACGACCAAGCAAUUGAAUCUCCUGAAAAUGUUAGGACUAAGAACACUGUACCAAAAUCUCUCAUUAAAACAGAACCUGUACAUGAAAAGUCUGAAAUCUCAAAAUCAGAACAGGUUGACAAAUCAAAUGCAAGAGAUCAGGAGGACUGCGAAUUUGGGUUGGAGGAUAAUGGGAAUAAAAGGAAUAGCAUGUCAGAGGAUGAGAAGAGUUUGGAAAACAAUUUCAACAAGUCGUACGUUAGUUCUCCCACCAGUGAAUCUGUUGAAAAUGGAUUGAGGGACGUAAGAAAGAAUAAUAGUAGUUCACCUACUGAUAUCACAAGCAAAAGAAUAGAUCGUGCUGAUGUUACUGAUGUUGUGGUUAGUGAAAGUCAAUCUGAUUGCAUCGAUUCCAAUUGUGAUGUUACAAAUAGUUUGCAAUCACGUGACAGUGUGGGACAAACGAAUCGUUUUGAUUGCUCUGCAAAUAGUAACGUUGACAAUGAAAUUAUGUCAGAAAAAUGUGAGAAACAGGAAGAAAUCUGUACUACAUUUGAAGACACCCUUCUUGGAGAUACGUGUGAAACCAUUCAGACUAAUGAUCAUACCAAAUUGAAUUGUGGCAAGACAAGUAAGAAAGCCAUCCAAGUGGAGGUUCCGAUAACUUCAUCUGAAUCAAGUGACUCUAAAACUUUUCCAAAUAAAAGUAGUGGCUCUGAGAAAUCGAUGAAUGAAAGUAAAGAGAAAGGAAAUACUUCUAAAGAAGGAGUAGAGGAAAGAAUAAAUGUUAUGGGAGAUGAAAGGCAGUUGGCAGAAACAAACGUUGAGGAUACUGUAGACAGUGUUACUGAACGUUUGGGAACUAGCACAGCGUGUAUGGCUGAUAGAGAGUCUUAUGUUAAUAUUCACGAGAAUAAAACAAACGUUGAAGACAGUGUUGAGGUUUCUGGUUGCAUAAAGUCUGUUUCCGUUAUGUCCGAUAUAACAGAAGAAGAAAUGCCUGCAUCAAGUCAAGCGUUGAGCGGCGACUUGAGUAAUGAAGUUGGCAAAAUAACACUAGGGAAGAAUGAACGUAUGGUGUUUAGUGAAAGUAAAGAUGAGGCACUAAGCAAAAGUAAACAACACAACAGAACGAAUUUGAAUGAUGAAGAUGAUAAAAUAUCACUUGGAAAUAAUGAAAGUUUGGUGGAUAAAGAAAAUGAAGGAAACGCCGAGGCACAAAGAGAGAGUAAACCUAAACAGAACAAAAAGAACUUGAAUGAUAAAGAUGAUAAAAUAGCACUGGAAAAUAAUGAAAGUGUGGUGGGUAGUGGAUGUGAGGAAAAGAUUGAAACACAGAGCAAGAAGAAAUGGCAAUGCAAGCCAGAAGCCUUGAAUGAUGAGGAGGACAAAAUAGUUCGGGGAAAUAAUGAAAGUAUUGAGAGUACUGGAAAUAAAGGAAAGGUUGAAACAAAAAGUACCUCGAAUGAUGAUGAGAAAACGCAUGUAACAAUAGGAAAUAACGAAAGUAUGGUGGACAGUGAAAAUAGGAAACAGGUCCAAUCGCAUUCACAAAGCAAGAGUAAACGACAAAGCAAGAAAGAGGAGAAAGCUAAAAAGAAAGAAGAUAAAUUAAAGAAAAAGCAAGUGAAAACAAAAUCUGAGAAAACAGUAAAGCAGGAGAGUGAAGGUGAAGAAAAAGGAGCAACGAAGGAAGAUGAAGUUCUUGACUCAGGAAAGAAAGGAAAAGCCGUUAAAGAAGUUAAGAUUCAGCUACGAAAAGAAAAACAGGCAGGAAGUAAAGAAAAAACGAUGGCUAAAGGAGGUGAAGUUCUUGAUUCGGGAAAGAAAGGAAAAAGUGAUAAAGAA